GCAGCUCCUGCAUCCCUAUUCAUACUCUUCAAAAUCCACCUCCGCCACACCGCUGCCACCCACCCGUAGCCCCCAGCCUGGAAAAAGACUACCUGCCAUUUGAGUGUAGGGUGGGUGUCGUGCUGACCCCCGAACUGGGAUUCAAGUAGUCGUACGCUUUUGGGGGAUCUGUCAACUCCGGAUUUUGGGUCUCUUACUUGUCUACCUGCAACAGGAUUAUAAAAAAAAAAAUACAGCCAUGCCUGCAAGAACACCAACCCCAAUAAGCAAGAGGAAAAAGCCUACAAAAGUCGUCAUUGACAUCGCAAAUAUCUCUCAAGAUGACUACGAGCCGGUGAUAAAUAUAUCCGAGUUUGAUUUGGGAAGAAAGAUUGGAACGCCAAAGGACAUCAUGCUGGAAGAGUUGGGACUGCUCAAGAACAAAGGCUCCAAGAUGUUCAAGAUGAGGCAGCAGCGGGUGGACAAGUUCAUCUACGAGAACAACCCCGACAUGUUCUGUGGCGACUCCCAGGACGAGUUGCCAAAGUAUGACCCAACAACGGGCGCUCCGAUAGGCAGCAAUACGAUACAUCUGGGUGGGUAUCUCCUCAGCAAGGAUGCGAGUCGACUGCAUUAUGGAGGGAUGGUGUUUGGGGGAGGGGUCCCUAUUCCUCCACCAAAACCUGGAAGCAAGGGGGGAGAAGCUGGAGGAGCAGGGGGAGUCGGAGGAGGAGUUGGAGGAAGUGCGGCGGGACAAGGCGAAGGUCAGCAUGGGAAAGAUGGACAUGGAGGAUCGGGUGAGGGCUCCACACAGAAAGGUAGCGGAAAAGACGACCCAUCUAAGAUGCAUGCGAAGACUUACCUGUCACCAUGGGAAAAGGCCAUGAAGGGCGACGAAGGUUUGCUCGCCACCCUGAAAGGAUCCAUGCCCGGUCCUAUUCAUCAUAUUGACCUGCGCAAGUAUAAAUGCUUCAACAGGACUGCCAUGCCCUAUGGUGGAUUUGAAAAGGCCCUGCAGUUUAUGAAAUUCCAAAUGCCUGACACCGAGAAGACCAAAGUGGUAGCUGAGCCCACGGUGGUGUACGGAUCCGAGAUCAACCUGCGACCUUGCUUCAAUCGCACACCCAUCGGCUGGGUGUGCAGCGGUGAGCCCAACAGCAUCCACAUGGAGCUGGAUGGCGUGCCCUACGAAGGCGAGACCGAGGAGCUCUGAAGAAGCUGUUAUUGACACCCUCCGAGAGCGCGCGCACACUUACGCCUAACAAUUACAUGCUGGCAUGCACCCUCACGCUAGAUGAGCUUACACCUGUUGCUUUAUAUGAUGCCCCACAUGUGGUAUUGUUGAUGCCCGCUAAGGCAAAACAACAAAAUGUACAUGGUUUCGAGAGAAUAAAAAAAUGGCGAUGUGUUUGACAACAUUUAAAGGGUCUGCAUGCCAACGGUUGUUACAACUGUUGUAAAAACCGAGCACCUCUUUGUGUUUAAGUUCCUAUGACCUCAUCAUCAGCUUGUCAAAGUGAAGUUGCAGUCGUUGAUCUGAAAUAAACCUAUUUUUAAAAGUGCA